AUGACAAAUGCAGCUGGCGUUGCCCAUGGACCUAUGCUCAUCGGACUCAUGUUCAACUUGCUCCUGCUGGGCGUGAUUGUGACUCAGGUCUACAUCUAUCUGACGACAUAUCAGAAACGAGAUAAGAUGUGGAUGAAAGCUCUCGUACUUGUAACUUCACUCUGUCGUUCGGACCAUAACACUCAUUCGCCGUAUGGUCAGGUCCUCUUUUUAUUCACAGCCAACAUAGCAAACUCAGUGUUUCUCAUGGUCGACACAUACAUCGCACUCAUCAAACAUUUCGGCGACGUUCCUUACCUCGCCGAUGCAACGUGGCUCUUUGCCACCGACCCCAUCUUCACCGGUCUCAUCUCUGCAACUGUCCAACUCUUCUUUGCCUGGCGCGUAAGAGUUCUUACCUCGAAUUGGUAUCUCGCCACACUCGUUGCUGCUUUGGCAGUCGCAGGCGCCGGUGGCGCUGUAGCCACCACUGCCAAGAUCCGCGUCAUUCCCGCUUUCACGGACUUCCAAGAAUUCCAGUCUGUAGUUAUCAUCUGGCUCGUAGCGUCAUGCGUCGCCGACAUCACCAUUACAGUCUUGUUGGUGUCGUAUUUGCAGCGGCACAAGACGGGCUUCCAAGGCUCAGAUGAACUUGUCGACAGGAUUAUAAGGGCGACGGUCCAGACGGGAUUGAUCACGAGUGUGAUUGCCAUCCUGGAUUUGAUUCUCUUCCUCGUGAAUUCAUCAGGCUUGCAUCUGAUGUUCAACUUUGCACUUGCAAAACUAUACACCAACACCCUCAUGAGCUCGCUCAACUCUCGCACGGGAUGGGCAUUUUCAAAUUCCACUCCCGGAUCUCACUCCCAGUCUGGCCUGGUCUCUACGACAGGUGUAAAUAGCUCAAGUCGAAGGAAAGGGACGGGUACGACUACGCGCCCAGAAGUCUUUGUACACGUUGAGCAACAUGAAUUAGGCGAUUCACGUCCUAGGAAUGUACCAGGCGGGGGAAUCGGACCACCAAGGUUUCUUAUCGAUCCGAUGAGCACCGAUGACGAUCUGAGCAAACGGAGAGAGGAUGAGUCGGAUGUGUGGGAGACGACGAAAACGGCUGAUUAG